AUGGGUGGCCUAGUGCUGCACUCCGGGUCGACGCCCAGCCCUCCACCGUACAGGGACGACCUUCUUUCCCUCCACAAAUCCCUCGUCUCUAUCCCCUCCACAACCGGCACCGAACACGCAGUCGGCAAUUUCCUAGUCGACUACCUCGCAGCCCGCUCCUACACGACCCAGCAGCAGCCCCUCCCGCCCCUGAACAACACCCCGCCCGGCGCCGACCGCUUCAACGUCCUGGCCUGGCCGGGCCCGAACCCCGACCCCGACCCGCGACCCCGCGUCCUCAUAACCUCGCACAUCGACGUCGUCCCGCCGCACAUCCCCUACCGCAUCGACGACUCCGGUCUCGGCCCCGAUUCCCGCAUCAGCGGCCGCGGCAGCGUGGACGCCAAGGCCAGCGUGGCGGCGCAGGUGGUGGCGCUGGAGCAGCUCCUGGCGGCGGGCGAGGUGCGGCCCGGCGACGCGAUGCUGCUCUUCGUGGUGGGCGAGGAGACGACGGGGGAGGGCAUGAGGCGGUUCUCGGAGGGGGCGGCGCCGGCGCGCGGCUUCGACGCCGUCAUCUUCGGCGAGCCCACCGAGAACAAGCUGGCGUGCGGGCACAAGGGUCACGCGGCGUGCGCGAUCGACGCGGUCGGCAGGGCUGGCCACUCCGGGUACCCGUGGCUCGGGAAGAGCGCGAAUGAGGUGCUCGUGCGGGCGCUGGUUAGGGUGCUGGAUGCGGAUCUGGGGAGCAGCGACAGGUUCGGGAACACGACUGUCAACCUAGGCGUCAUCGCUGGUGGUGUCGCGGCGAACGUGAUACCGGAUCGUGCGAGUGCGACGUUGGCGUUGCGCAUCGCCGCGGGGGACCAGGAGACCGGUUUUGAUAUUGUGAAGGGGAGGAUCGAGGAGAUUCUCAAGGAUACGGACGAGGAGGCGCUGAGUAUGGAGUGCACGAAUGGUUAUGGGCCUAUCGAGUGCAAUUGCGACGUUGAUGGUUUCGAGUCGAUCAUCGUCAACUACGGAACGGAUGCCGCGAACCUCGCCGGUGAUCACGUCAGGUAUCUAUAUGGACCGGGUGACAUUCUCGUCGCUCAUGGCGACGACGAGGCGUUGCAGGUCCGAGACCUUGAAGCUGCCGUUGAGGGAUACAAGAAGCUCAUCAAGCACGCGCUUAGAGCAUGA